UAUGCAGUUUGUCAAGUGGUGAAAAUAAUUGGGCAAGCAGAAGAAACAAUAAUAUACUUUCCCAUUUCUGAUUUUGGUUGAUCGCCUAUUUCCUCGAUACAAAUUUUAAAUGAACAUAUCUACCAUAUUUUUUCAAAUUCAUAUUAUCGGUGCCUAUUGACUAUUAGCCGAUUAUUAGGGUGGUAGAGAUAACUUGCAAUAACUGAUAACUACAGGCAACAAGUGCUUAGAUAGCGUGCCAAGUAGUCGCGAAGACGAUGGUAGCGGGAGCAUACAGGACCGCGGUAUGCACGUAAUUGCCAUGGUAACCGUUGCCGAUCUUCAUUGUAGUUGUUGGCGGCCAAUUGCAAGUUUUUUUGGCAUAGGUUCAUAGCUUUAACGAUCCAUCGAAGUGCCGUGUAGUGGCAGUGUCUGCAUCGUCUGCGAUGUCGUCAGACGUUGUUCCGGCUCUUCCGAAACUCGUCCAGAUGGGUAGGUACUCUUUAGCAACAUUUUUGUCAUCUUUGUAGGCUACCUUUCCUAAUCAUUAUAAUAUAACAACAAUAAAUACAAUAAUAUUAUUAUUGCUAUUUGUCACUCGAUUAUACCACUUACUCGUUGAACGUUAAUAUUAAUUUAUUAUGCGAGUUCAUCACAAAUUCAUUGUGGAUUUCACCAAAUUUCCGACAAUUUUUUUAUAAACCGUUUAAACUCUUUUCAAUUGAUGAAGUAUAUUUGUAAUUUCGUUUACCUACCAGUUUUAUUUGUUAAUACAUAAUUUGGAAGUAAUAGGACUUGACUAAUAAUAUCUAUUAUUAUUAUUAUUAUUAUUGACUUAUUGUUAUUAUAAAUUAUAAUAUCACUUAAACAGGAAAUUAAUUAAUUUUAGUAUUGUUUAAAAGUUGAAAGGUUACUUAUAGGUACCUACUUAUUACUAUUAGUAUUCCUUGCCCUCGCCUGUUUUAUAUACAAUUCUACAAAGGCUAACUUUAGGUUACUAUAUUUUAAUUUUUAAAUCAUCUAUUUGUGUAUAUUUGAUAUCUGUUUAAGUAGGUUUAAUUGUUUAGAUACAUUAAAUAUUGAUAGAUGAAUAUUAUUAAGCAUUUGUAUAUCACAUUAAAGUAAAUUUGUAAAUUUUGUCAAAAAGUUCCUUUUUCAUUAAAAAUAAAUAUAUAUCUUCUGAUUUGUCUCUAAGAGUUAUUGUUGCUAUCACUACAUCUCUUCCUUUGUUCCUAUAUUCAACUAUCUCUCUCCAGUAAAGACUGGAGACUUGAGGAUUUCAACUCCUUGGAUUGUUGGAUCUAUCACAUCCAAUUGUUUUUUCCUUGAUGUUCCUUGUGGACUACAUUUCAAUGCUAUUCUAGUUAUAUUAGUAAUUUUAUCUUUUGGCCCUUAACAAAGCUUAUUACUGGUGCAAGUUCUAUUAUAUUGUACAGCUCUUUGUUGUACUUCUUAUAUCAGUUUCCAUUAUUUCAUAGUUGAGUCCUCCAACUCAUCAUUUGUGUCUUCUUCACUCUAAAUAAGUUCCAUUAUCUUUUUUUUUCAGUAUUGAAUUCGAAACCUAUUUUCUUUGUUGUUCUUCUAAAACCUUAGUCAAUAAACAGCCAAUGCGGCUGUGUACAAGCAAUUUGCUUAUUAUAUUUAAAUAGUUAUCACACCCGAGAAGCUGUAUCUUAUUCUGAUUAAUUGACAAACCACCUGUUUUUGUGGUAUCCUUGCUACCUUCUCCGAUAUUUUUAAAUUUUGGUAUACAAUCUUACAAAUUUCAAUUGAGGUUUAUGUUAAAUGUCUGAGCAAUAUUAGGUUAUAACAUAUGGAUGCUAGGUUUAGCUUUAGGUAAUUUAAAAAAAAAUUAAUACCUAUUAAUUUAUUUAUUUUCAGAAUACACAAUUUGAUGUUUGGGUGACAUGAGGUAGUGCAACAUAGUAUAUACCUAAUAAAUUAUCUUAAAUAUUUAAACUAAGUGAAUUUUAAAUUUGUAUUAAAAUGUUUGACUGGUAAGUAGUCUAUUUUUCUUCAUUUUUACACUACAAUAUAAAUACUACCUGUUACUUAAAUAAUAACUUAAUGGUGCUAAAAUUAGUAGGUUGUAACCUAUUGCAAAUUAAUUUAUGUGAAACAAAAUUUUAAUUAGAUUUAUCUAAGUAGUUGCUAGGUAUUUGAAUAUAUUAAUACCUUAAUUAAUAAAAUAAAAAGGGUUUAGUUUAAUAUUUCGGAGUUUAAAAAGUUUUGAUUUAUAUUAAUAAAUGGUUUUUUUUUUUUUUUGAUGAUUGAACACUUGUGGGCUAUAAGUAUACCAAAAAAAUGUCAUGUUAUACAUUUGAAGGUGCUAGACAUUUGAAAAUUGAAAGGAUUUUAAGAAUAAAUACAUUUUUAAAUUUUCUAGUUCACUACCCUGGAGUUGUGCAAAACUGAAUAUAUAUAAGAAUAUGUUAAAAGAAAUUUUAAUUUCAUAGGUUAAGGUAAAUUAAAUGAAAAGAUAUUAUAAGAUAUUUCAAUAAAAUUAUUGAAUUUAUAUUUUAUUAUAUUUUGUAUUCAGCGAAUUACUAUGAUUAUAAAUAAUUGUAUAUAAUUGCCUAAACAACUAAAAUAUUUCAUUUUUGAUAUGCAUUACAACUGUAACUAUAUUAGAUAUUAUCUACUUAUAAUUUAAAAUGAGUUAUUAUUUAAGUUUGGUAUUUUUAUCAAUAUUAAUUUUAUACUAAUUUUUUGCGGUUGUUUUAUUUACAAUUUCAAAUAAUUUAGGUAUGUGAAAGUAUUAGUAAAUCAUCCACGUAGAGUAAUAACAAUUGUAGUGUUGUUAUGUACCAGUACUAUUUUAAUACCAUAUUUGAUGGGGCGUUUACCACAGUUUUCACAUCCUGAACUUGUAAGUUUUAUUAUGAUUAUUUGUUUUUAUUUUUAAAUUUAAAUAAUUUACAUAUUAACUUCUCAACUUUAAAGACCUUGGCGUUUUUUCGACAGUAAAUUAAUUUUUGAUAUGCAUGUGAACAAUAUAAAAAACAAAUCCUUAAAAUAACUUUGUUUUAUCAGAUUUUUCUGUGAAAACUUCAAUAACAUAAAUGGUCUUCGUCUUAUUUAUAUUUCCUUUGUCAUCCACUCUUGAUUACUGUUCUAUUAUAUGGCCUCCAUUCUCUUUCAAACAUAAAUUAUCAUUGGAAGCUGUACAAAACAAAUUUUUAAGUUUUCUUUGGUUAUCAUUGUAAUAUCCCCUGUGUUCCCCACUCUUUUUAUGCUCCUAUUUUGGAUAUUCUUUUUUUUUUGAUUCUCUUGAAUUACGUAGAAUAAAAUUUGAUUUGUAUUUUUUGUAUAAUGUUGUCCAUAAUAAUAUUGAUUGUCCUGAGUUACUUAGCCAUUUGUCCUUUAUAGUCCCGCAAUUUUUCACCAGAUCUCAUGUUAUAUUUUAUGUCUCCAACCAACAAACUAAUUAUGCAAUGAAUAGUUUGAUUUACCAUAUUAUGCAACUAACUAAUAAAUAUAAUAUAGACCUAUUUUCUUUUCACUCAUUAUAUAGCUCUAAGUAAAAUUUAAAUUACCAUAUUUUAGGUAAUAAUUUAUUUUAAUAUUAGACUUUACAAUUUUAAAUAAAGUUUAAUCCUUGUAUUUUAUUACAAUUUAGCACUCUUAUAUAGUUUAAUUUUUAUAUUUUGUUUAAUAUUAUGUUUGUUUUUAUAUUUGAUUGUGAAUUAUGUAAUACCUACAACCUUUCAAAUAAUGUAUAAUCAAACUCUGCUUAGAAUAGUUUUUUUUUUGAUUUACCAUUGUGUGCAGAUAUACAUUAAAUUCCCUUUUUAUUUUACCCUUCCAACUUCUCUCCUACAACAGUAGCUCAUCCAUCUUGUGAAGUAUGUCCGUGUUUUUUAAUAUAAAGAUAAUAAUGUGGUUAUUGUUUUUCAUUUGAUAUUAUCAUAAUAUUUUUUAGUUUCUAAGUUAAUAUAAAAUUAUAUUAUUUUUUUACUACAAAAAUAUAUAAUCUUGGUUAUUAUAACCAAAAAUAGUUAAAUAAUAACAAUACUAUCAGUGUUGGCACUAGGGGAGGAUAAAUGGAACUUAAGUCCAGGGCCCUGCGCUCAUUUUGGUUUUAAUAAGCCCUGCAGUUUAUUAUUAAAUAGGUAUACAAUCAUUUGUUUUACUUAAGCAGAAGUGACCAACUACGACCAGAGAUUAUUUUUUUAUCAGCCCACCAAAAUAUUAUUAAAUCAAAAUUGAAAAUAAAAAUUCUAAAUUUUAAAAACGUUAGUUAACACUCAUAUUAAAAAAAAGACAUGUUUAUGUAGGCCAUUUUUUUCUCAUUUAUAAUAACCAAACAUAAUAAAUAUUUAAAUAUACCACUGUAAGCUGUAUUUACAAUUAAAUAUAAUAUUCUAUUUUAAAUUUAAUUUUUUUUUAUUUUAUAUUAAUUUUGGCCCAUUAAGAAUUAUUAUUUUUUAUAGUCCUUUGUAAAAAAAAUGUUUCUCAUUGCUAUACUGAAGCAUUAUCUUGGGCCCCACAAAACCUAGCGCCGCCACUGACUAUCAUGUACAUGUUUUCACUUUAUAUAGCUGUAGCCGCUGUUGUAGAUUUAGAAGUUUAUUAGGUACUAUUGAUUAUUUAUCAUAAAAUUAUUAAUCAAAUAGUUAUAAAGGCAGUAAAAUAGUUAUCUACUUUUACUAAUGUAAUAACAGUAUAAUACGCUACAGCAGUCUAGGAAUAGAUUAUUUUGCGUUAUUUGUAAUGCUCCUUAUAUUAAUUUUAAAAUGUACAAUGUUUUAAACUAAACCAUCAAUGCUAGGGGGUAUCCUCACUCCUUAAAUUAGGUGUAGCAGAUACUACACCCAACAUUUAGGGUAGGUUUAUUUAAUUCGGUUUACUUAAUAUCAAACAGAAUAACAAGGAUACAUGUUGUUUGGAUAUUCUCAUAUCGAUAUAAUAAUAAUAUAAGCAUUUAUUUUAAUUCUUACAAUAUUUUGCAUGCACCAUAAGGUAUAUUAUUAUAUUAAUAAGUUAAAACUAGAAGAAAUUAAAAUAAUAAUAACCACAUAUUAUAGUUUUUGUGCUUUCACACGUGCUUACUCACUGAGGUCUAUCAUAAUAUAUUAAAUUACGUUAUAAUUAUUUAAUAUUUUGUAUCAAAUAAACAAAUUAAUAAUACGUUUUUUAAAUUUAGUUAAUAAUGAAUUAAUUCCAUUAUAAAUAGGGUUUUGAAACACGCGGUACUGAAAUCGGUAAUCGUCAGGUAGCUUGGGAUAACUUAAUAAAAGCAUUAGAAAAAGGUACCGAGUUGAUAGAUGAUAUUACAAGAAUACCAUCUAAUAUGUUACCUCAACAUUACUCAGAUAUGGUCUUACGGAAAAUUGAUGUUAUUAAUAAAAUUGUAAGUACAUAAUACAUAACCUUUCAGCAUUCUAUGAUUUAAUUUAUUAUAUUUUAGAUUUUGAGUGACGCAACGAAGCUUAUAGUUUUAUAAAGAUGUUUAUUUUUUUAAAUAUUUUUCUUUUUUCUGUGGACAACUAUUCUAUUAGCAACUUUGCUCCAAUUUACAAUGACGGAAUUUUUAUAAAAAUAAAUCUGAUUGGGGAACUAUCAUAGAGAGGUAAUUUUUUGAUUUUUCCAGGAGUUUUCUCAAUAAAUGUAAAAUAUGAGAAUAAACGGGAAAAUAGAUACAAUAUUAAACAAAUAUUAUAAUGAAAGUAUAUAAUGCCUAUGUAAUUAUUGUACCAUAAUAUAACAUUGUUGAUUAAGCAAUACUGAAGUCCGCUCAGAAUCUUUUUUUCAUUAGCAAUAGUUUAUUGUUGCUACAGAUAUACAUUGAAUUUUUCCUCUUCUACCUUCCCAACUUAUCACUUACAACAGUGACACAUUCACAUGCAAAGUUGCCAGAAUUUUUUUAAUUUGUAUUUAGGAUAUUCCACGUUUUAAUUUAGAAUUUUGACAAAGAAUAUUUUUCUAAAAAUGUUAAAUUUUAAACAAUUACUUAAAAUAAUAAUUAUUUGUCUCAUAUAAUUUCAAAUAUAAUUGCACUUCAAUUUUUAAUAAAACAUUUGUUGUACUUAAUAUUUAAUUUUUAUUUUGAAUAAUAAUAAUUGUGUUUAUUAAUAUUUUUUUUCAAGACAAAUUUGAAUUCAGAUAUGAAGACCACAAAUGAAAAUAAAAAAAUAUUAUUACCACAUACUACCGAAUUAGAAGAUGAAACAUUUGAAGAAACUGAAAUGACUUUGAGAAAUGAUAAAAAAAGACGGAAGAAUAGACUGGAUUUCUUUUGUUCCAAGCCAAGUAUAAUAAUUAUAUUAUUUAUAAUUGAUUUAAUAUAAUUUCUGAUUAAAAUAAUAAUACAAAAAGCCCAUUAGCAGCAGAGCUCCUUUACUUGAAUUUUCACCAAGCUGACUUUUGUUGUUAUAAUAUUUCAUGUUUUAGAUUCGGAGUGUAGCGAGGAAUCUAUUGGUUUUACUGUGAUGUGUGUUUUUUAUUUUUUGUGUCCGUGAGCAACUUUUCUGCCAGAAAACUUGCUCCGAAGUCUCAAGUGUAGCACUUUUUUUGAAAGGUAAUUUUAUCUAGUUGGUGAAUUAGGGAGGUUACUUUUUGAAUUUUUAAGGGGUUUUUAAAAUAAUUUGGAAAAUUAUGGAAGCAAAUUAUAUAAUUUCUUUUAAUGUAUAGAACGUCGUUUUUUGAUAUCUAAAGUAUUUUUUUUAAAUAAUUGUAAAAAACCAAAAAAGACACAAAUACAAUUUUUUUCAAUUUGUAUGGCUUAUUUUUCUACAAAAAAUAUUGCUCUAAUAAAAAAAUAAUAAAUUUUUAAUAAUGUAUGAAUAAUAAUGAAUUUGUAUUCUUGUUGGUGAACUAUAAAUUCGUUUUUUCAUUUUUUUUGUAGUUUUUUUAAUAAUUGAGUAAAACCGAAAAAAUACAUGGGAAAUACAAUGGGAAAAUUUACGAAAAUAAUUCUUUUAUUUUAAAUUUUGUUUUUGUUAUGUAAUUCAGUUGAAAAUAUUCGUAGACAUGAAAUUUUGACAGCAUACUUUUUAUAUUUGCUUUUUUAGAUUUCGUAAAAUUUUUGAAAAAAAACGAGCUAUUUAUAGACAUUUAAAUUUUACCAGUUUUUACUUAAUAUUUAUUUAUUAGGUACUCUGUAGGUAAAAUUCUUAGAAUCAACAAAAAUGCUUUGAAAUUUUGAUUAAAAUCAUUAAUAUUACAGUCUUUCAAAACACACAUAACAGAACUUUGCUUCAAAUUAUUUUUUAUAAGCAAUGUUUUAUUGUUACCCAUUGGUAACAGGUAUAAAUUAAAUAACUUUUUGUAUCCUACCUCAGUUUCAGAUUUUAUAUAACGAUAAGACAAAAAGUUUAUUAAAAUAAUUAAAAUGGGUAGUUUUUGAGAUUUUUAUUAACAUAGAAAAAGAAAAUGGGAUUGUGGGAUGAAAAUUCAAACCUGCUUAAGGCAUAGCCUCAACAAUAAUUCCAUUUAUGUAUACAAAGUUUAACUAAGUUACUUGCUUUUAUGAGUCUUAUAUGAGACUAACCUGACUUAACCUAUUUCAUGAGUGUGUAAGAGUAUAACAAUUUCAGCUAUUUCCUGUGAAAACAUGAUAUCUGGGUAUAACAUUAAUUUGGGAGAAGUUGAAUUUUGAAACUUCCCAAAGGGAUAUCCUUGAUACUCAAUUAUACCAUGGAUGUACACAAUUUUAUCAUAAUGGCUUUGGGGUUUUGAAGGGGUGUACAAAACCAAAAAACAUCCUCCUUCUGUAACAACAUGGUAAAGUUUAUACUGACAUUCAACCAAAAUUUUAUAACUUUAAUCUGUCUAUAAAAAUAACUCUAAUUCUUCAAUUUGAGCCCUUUUAGUCCAGUGGGAGCUGCUGUGUCUAAGGUUACUGGAAAAAGAUAUAUAAUACACAAAGUGUAACAAAAACAAUAUGGUACCAUAGUUUUUAUUUUCAAGUAAAAUUCUACAACAAAUGAUGAAUUUUAUUAUAAUAUAUAUUAUUUUUCAUGGAAAAUAUAUUUUUGUGCAAUACAACUUAAUGUUAUUAUUAGAAAUAUGAACAAAUCACCUAUUUAAGUAGAAAUAGUUUAUUUUCGAGUGCUCUAGUGAUGAGUUUGAACAAAUUAAUUUAGGUUAAUAUAUAAAUAUUAGACCUAUAUAUUUACCUAACCUAUGUAUAUAUUUCUGUUAUUAUUUUCAAUAUAAUUUGUAUAGUAUUUAAUUAAAUUUGUAGUUAUGUGUAAGAAAGGCAAAAAAUAUAUAUAUAUAUAUAUAUAAUUAAAAAUUGGAAGUUGAGAAAAAUUAUUUUGUUUCCAAAAAUCGAAUACAGUCUAUAAUUAUUGAAAUGCAAUUGUUCUUUUAUUUUGAUAUUAGCUUUACUUGCACAAAAUCAUAAAAAUAAAUUUCAAAAUAAAAACUAUAUUCAUAUUUGGUAACUAAUAAUACAAUUAUUAUUAUAGUUUAUGAAUUUAAAACAAAUUUUCAAAUUAAUUGAAUUUCUAAAAAUUUCACUUCAUUAUUUCAUUUAUGCUUGAACUCAAAAUAUUACAAUUUAUUAUUAUCUUAUAUUAUAGUGUAUUAUAAUUUUACAGCAUAUGAUCAUGCAAGAGUGGUAUUUACACUCAAUCAAGGUGAAAACCUUUUUACAUAUCAAGCUGUCAAGGAUAUGUGUCUUAUACAAGAGCAUUUAGCAAACUUGAUUGAGUAUAAAGAUGUUUGUGAUACACAAGAACAGACCUGUUGCCCACCAUGGUCUUUGGUUAAUUAUAUUGCAUUAUUGAAAAAACAUAAGUCCUGUUCUGAAAUUAUAGUAAUUUGAAUAACACUUUAAUUUUUUCAAAUAUUCAUAUUAUUAAAUUAUUACAUGUAAUUGUGUUUAGCCUAAAGAUAUAAAUUCAACAGCAACAAUACUCGAAGGGUGUGCUCAUUUUUACCAUGAUAAUGAAUUGUUCGAAUGGAAAAUGGGUUAUCGAAACAUUCCCCGUCAAUGUAUUCAAUUCAGUGCUGUUUAUAACUUGAUGCAUUAUCAUUUAGAUAUGGAUUUUAUGCCACCGCAUGUAAUUACAAAUUUAAAUAUUUUUAGUAUUAAUCAAAAAUGCCUAUAAUUAUAUUUUCAAAUACAUUUCAUAGGCACCUACUAAGUUUUUAACAAGUUCAAUGAUGUUUUUGCCAUUUGGAAAAGGAUCUAUUGUUCACUUAUAUAAAGCAAUGAAAGAUGCUAAUUUAUCAACACCAUUAGUUAAAAUUUCAGCAAUUGAUUUUGGUAAGAUAUAAGUUUUGAAACAAUCCUUAUUUGAAAAUAUGUAUGAAUAAAAAAAAAAAUUCAGUUUUUUAUUAUGAUUUGUGUUUAAUUUUUAGGUAUUAAAGAAACAUUGUUUGAUCUUGAAAUCGUCAGAGAUAUAUAUCUAAUUUUUUUAAGUACUUUUUUCAUUAUGUUAUGUGUAUUAUUCUAUACAUGGUCACUUAUAAUUACAUUUGUAACCCUUUUAAACAUAAUAUUUUCAUUAUCUGUUUCCUAUUUUAUGUAUACUUUUAUAUUCCAAAUACAUUUUUUCCCAUUUAUGAAUGUUCUUGCCAUUAUUGUCCUUAUUGGAGUCAGUGCUGAUUCUUCAUUCAUAAUGUGCGAUGUAUGGAAAGCAAUCAAGAUGAAUGAUCAAGCUGAUUCUUUGGUGGAUGUCAUUUCUAAAACAUUAAAACAUUCAUUACUAUCUAUAUCGUUAUCAACAACAACUACGUUUUGUGCUUUUGCAUCAUCAUUUCUCAGUGCCAUUAAUGGAAUUAGUUGUUUUAGGUAAUAUUUUAUUAAAAUAAAAGUAUUAUUAAAGCAAAUAUAUUGUUCUUAUCAUGUUUGUUAUUAGUAUUUUUUCAGCCAUGGCAGUUUUAGUGAAUUUGUUGAUAACCUCAAGUCUUUUGCCAUCAUGUAUUGUGCUCUUGAGUUCACAGCAUAGUCAAAAUAUUGUAGUAUUUGAUUUUGGAUUAGUUGAUAAAUUUCUCUCAAUGGAACGAAUGCUACAUCAAGUUCAAACCAAAUUUAAUGCAUGGUUAUUAAAAAUUGUGUUUCGCUUUCGCUGGGUCUGGAUAAUAUUUUUUUUUACUCUGGGUCUUUUGAGUGCAACUGUCUUAUGGAUAUGGCCUGGCAUCAAAUUACCAGAAUCUGUGGAAUUUCAGUUAUUUAGAGAGUCUCAUCCUUUUGAACAAUAUGACUUAAUAUAUAAAAACCAAUUUUGGUUUGAAAGAAUUUUAAGAGUAAGGCAACCUUUAGAAUUAUUAAAAUAUUUUAGACAAUACGAAUAUGUCUGUUGAAUAAUAAAAUUUACAUUUUCUAGAUUGAUAAUAAUCCAGAAAAUCGUGUUCCAUUGCGCUUUGUCUGGGGUUUACUUCCCAGCGAUAAUGGAAAUCAUUUAAAUCCUGAAGAUCAUGGAAACCUAGUGUAUGAUCCAGAAUUUGAUAUAGCACACCCCAAAUCACAAGUGUGGUUGUUAGAAUUUUGUGAGAACUUACGUCGACAACCCUUUUAUCGAGCUGUUGGAGGGCCACAAAUGACUAACUGUUUUAUAGAAACUUUUAUAAAAUGGAUGAGCCAUAAUUGUAUUAAUAAUCUUGAACUUAAUCGAUGGCCAUGCUGUAAUUCCUAUUCGUUUCCAUAUCCGAGAAAUAUAUUUCAUUUUUGUAUUUUAAAAGCAAUGUAUAUUGUAUACAGCACACCGAGUACUAUAUUUAUUCCAUCUGUAGCUGGACCUAAGUUUUCUAAUCCAUUAUUUCAUCCACUAAAUCAAACAUUUGUGCCAAUCAUAAAAGCUGUUGUUGUGGAGUUUGAAAGUAACUUUGCUUUUACUACAUCAUAUGUUUAUAUGGAAGCAUUUUAUAAACAGGUAAUCUUUGUUUUACUAAUAAAAUAUUUGUGAACUUAAAUAAAAAAUAUAUUAUUUCUUGUUUUUUUAGGUUGAGGCGUGGUCAUCUAAAAUGAUGGAAAAAGCUCCACCUGGCCUUAAAAAGGGCUGGUUUUAUAGUCAUCUUGGUUUUUAUGAUCUUCAAAAAAUGUUGAUUGAAGACACCAUAAUGUCAGCUUUUAUUGCACUUUUUCUCGCCUUUAUUAUAAUGUUUAUUGUAACCACAAGUAUUUCUUUAACAGUCAUCACAGUGGUUACCAUAUUUUUUAUAAUUUCCACUACAAUUGCUGUGUUAGUUUUGAUGGGUUGGCGUCUCAAUGUCCUAGAAUCAAUCGCUACUUCUGUAGCUAUUGGUUUAUCAGUAGAUUUUAGUCUGCAUUAUACAAUUGAAUAUCAGCUAGCUUGUGAAGAUUCUCCAAGAGCAACAGCAAUAUCUAAGGCUUUAUCUUUAAUGGCCUGUCCAUCACUGAUGGGUGCAAUAACAACAGGUGCAAGCGGUGCAUUUAUGUUGCCUUCAGACGUUUUACCUUACGCUCAGCUAGGCGUGUUUUUAAUCAUCAUAAUGUUUAUCAGUUGGUUUUAUUCAACAUUUUUUUUGGUAUCAUUAUUAUCAGUAUUCGGUUCAGAUGAUCAUGGACCAUACCCGUAUCAUUGUUGUAGAAAAUUACGAGAUGUCAAUGUAAAUGCAAAGCAUAAACGUUGUUCAAGACAUGCUUCUCCAUUUUCUAAUGUUGCAUCAGAGUCAACUGUAUCAUGUAUAAGUACUGCAAUUGUAAAUCAAUCACCGGCCCAUGAGUUGGACAUUUUAACUGUUCAUCCUGUGAAAUUUCAACCUUCCAACUCCAAAGCUGCUACUUCAUCUUUGUAUUUAAAUAUUGACAAUGACAAUUUGGUUAAGAAAAGUGAAAAUAAUGUCGUACAUAUAUAAUAACCUCAUUCUUAAACAUUUAGGUUCUAAUAUUAAUUUAAUUGAAACAAAAUAUUAAAUAAUUAUUAGAACUGCUUAUGCUCAAUUAUAGUUUAUUAAUUGAUACUAAAAAUUGGUUCAAUUAUGUAAGUAAUCAAAAUUAUGUAUGUAUUUAGAUUGUAAGUAUGUUUAUGUAUAUUAUUUUUUUCGAUCUCUUUUAUGGAAAAUGUUUUUAUUUUUGAUUAUUUUUUUGAUGUACCUACUUUUGGAGUCUAUGUGUGACUUUGAUAGUAUGUUAUUCUUAUUCUUAUUAUGUAAUAAAUAUAAUAUUAUUAUACGUAGUACCUAUUGUAUUAAUAUUGUGGCUUCUAUGACUAUAAUUUACUUAUUGUUACCUGCCCUACUUUUCAGCUAUACCCUAUUUACAUUUUAUUGUCAAAUUAAGAAGUAAUUGAUAAGUGAGAUUUAGAAUUGUAACAUUAAACUGUAUUAUUGAUUUUUAGUUUAUUUUUAAUGGUUGUAAUUGCUUACAUUGUUUAAAUAUUAGCUAAAAACAAACACUAUAAUACUGUUGCUCGUUGACAUUAAGGUUCUGCAAGAUAAAUACUUUAAAUGAUAUAAUCAGGAAUGAUAUAAUUUUGUUUAGAUAUCAUUUAAUUUAUAUUUAAUAUUCUGUUAUGGAACACCAUUUAAACUUUUAUUAAAAUUAAAAUUAACAAUAAAGAAAACCUAGUUUAUUCAAUAUGUUUAUGUUAUUGUAAUUUUAAUUUAAUUGAUUUUAUUCAAAAUACAGAUAUAAAUUAAUGUUUAAGGUUUAACUUUAUAUUCCAAAAAUACAUUUUUCAUCCUAUCUUAGUGUAAUAUAUGAAUGAAUAAAAAUUACCC